AGGGUAUAAAAAGGACCCACAGGAGACCACCUCCAGGAUCCCAAAGUCCGACUGCCGGAACCACUCAGAGUCCUGUGGACAGCGCACCUAGCUGCAAUGGCUGCAGGCUCCCGGACAUCCCUGCUCCUGGCUUUUGCCCUCCUCUGCCUGCCUUGGCUUCAAGAGGCUGGUAGGGUCCCAAGCGUACCCUUAUCCAGGCUUUUUGACCACGCUAUGAUCCAAGCCCAUCGCCUGCACCAACUGGCCUUUGACACCUACCAGGAGUUUGAAGAAACCUAUAUCCCAAAGGAAAAGAAGCAUUCGAUCAUGGAGAACCCCCAGGCCUCCUUCUGCUUCUCAGAGUCUAUUCCCACACCCGCCAACAGGGAGGAAACGCAGCAGAAAUCCGUGAGUGGAUGCCUUCUCCCCCAGGCAGGGAUGUGGGAGGCCCAUGGUCAGAGCCUCUGUACAGCACAGCCACUGUGUGUCCUUCCCCUGCAGAACCUAGAGCUGCUCCGCAUCUCCCUGUUGCUCAUCCAGUCAUGGCUGGAGCCCGUGCAUUUACUCGGGAGUGUGUUUGCCAACAACCUGGUGUAUGGCACCUCGGAAAGCGAUGUCUAUGACCUCCUAAAGAACCUAGAGGAAGGCAUCCAAACGUUGAUGCGGAGGCUGGAAGAUGGCAGCCCCCGGACUGGGCAGAUCUUCAAGCAGACCUACAGCAAGUUUGACACAGACUCGCACAACGAUGAUUCACUGCUCAAGAACUAUGGGCUGCUCCACUGCUUCCGGAAGGACAUGGACAUGGUCGAGACAUUCCUGCGCAUGGUGCAGUGCCGCUCUGUGGAGGGCAGCUGUGGCUUCUAGGUGCCCACAUGGCAUCCUGUGACCCCUCCCGAGUGCCUCUCCUGGCCCCGGAUGGUGCCACUCCAGUGCCCACCAGCCUUGUCCUAAUAAAAUUAAGUUGUAUCAUUU